AUGCUGCGACUGCACAGUCCCUUCACCCAGAACAUCAUCUCGGGCCUCUGCGUCGCCUUUACCGCGGGAAUCUAUGUCGCUCUCAACAUCCUGGGCGCCGGCGGCGGUCGGCCAGACUCACAGGCCGUCACUUCCAUCGUCAAUUCGUGCUUGUGUGCAUGUUGGGUUGUGACCAGUUUCGUUUCCUCGAUUAUCAUGCAAUAUCUCGGCCCCGGAAUCACCACCAGUCUGGGAGUCCUAGGAUAUGCGGUCUAUGUCGGCUCCCUCUGGUAUUUUGACCAAGUCGGUGGCCGUGCGUUCCCUAUCUUCGCCGGCUGUCUCAAUGGCAUUGGCGCCGGCUUCCUGUUCGUGGUGAGCGGCUACAUCCAGCUAUGCUACCCGGAAGAGAACGAGAAAGGAAAGUAUGUGGUGACGGCAAUGGGUUUGCAGGCAUUUGGCUCUAUUGUGGGCAGCAGUAUUGCGUUGGGAAUAGACGUCAAAGAUACAGGCUCGUCAGCUGGUGUCCCAGCUGCAGUCUACAUCACCUUCAUUGUCCUGAUGAUGCUAAUGUCGCUACUGGGCCUUCUUCUGGUAUCCCCAAGUAAAGUGCGCCGUGACGACGGCUCCCCGUUGAUCGAGGUCGAACCAAUGAAGUUCAAGGAGGCAGUCAAAGCGAACAUCGAUGCUGUCAAAGACUGGAAGCUGUUGCUGAUGUUUCCAGCCUUCUUUCCUGCGGAAGCCUUUCUGGUGUAUUCUGGCUCGGCGAAUGCAUUUCACAACAACCUUCGCACCCGCUGUCUGCUGGGCUUCGUUGCGCUCGUCAUCCAGGUCCCAUGUGGGUUUGCCCUACAGGCACUGUUGGAUCACAAGACCUGGCGACGUCGAUCCCGAGCGUUUGCUGGUCUCGUCUUCGUUGGUACCCCUCUCAUGGCUGCUUGGAUCUGGGAGAUUAUCCGUGUGCGUGGCUAUGACCGUCACAAUCCUCCCAAGGUGACGAUGGACUGGACUGAUGAUGGAUUUGCGCCCAUCUGUGUGCUCUUCAUCAUGAACUGGGUCGCUUCGUCUUUAUGGCAAUACCUGGUGGUAUACUGGCUUGGAGCCCUGUCCAAUGAUCCGCUGAAAGCAGCCAACUACUCCGGUAUCUGGCGCGGUGUGCUCGCUGCCGGUGAAGCCAUCAUCUUCGGUGCGGACUCGACACUCAUUCCUUUCGAGAGGGAGGCGGGUGUGCUAUUUGCCUUGUACGCUACUGGUAUCUUGAUCUUUGCCUAUCUGGCAUAUUUCCACAUUCAAGAUACCCUGUACUUCACCGAGGAUCGUGUGGUGGUUCCAAACCACAUUAUCGAAGAGAUUGGUGAGGAAAAGGCGACAUAA